AUGUUAUCUAAACAAGAAGUGGUUCCCGCUAUAAUGGAGGCUCUUGAGAAGUGCACUGACGUUCUCGGUAAAGAUAAAACUCGUGCCCGAGUGUUGUCGGCCGCUUUGAAAUAUUUGGUAUGCAACUCAGCUGACCUUGCUCUACAGUGCGAUGUGACAAUAUUGGGUGAUGUUCUGAACACAGUCGGUGGUGAUACCAUCUGCUCUGCAAAUCUCGAUGAGGUUCUCAAAUACUGCUAG